AUGUGUGCAACAACUGAGUAUCCGGGGGUUUCAAGGGAAGCAAUUAGAUUAAGACACUUCCUGUACACAUUGAGAGACUCAGCAAGGGAAUGGUUAGGCAAUUGUCCACCGCAGAGCAUCACAACAUGGAACCAAUUGAGUCAGAAAUUUCUUAGCAAAUAUUUCCCAUUGAAAAGGAUUGCAAAGCUAAGGGACGAGAUCACUGCUUUUCAGCAAAUGGACUCAGAAUGCUAUUCAGAGGCUUGGGAACGAUACAAGGUUUUACUUUGCCAGUGCCCACAACACGGAUUGCAGAAGUGGCUUCAAGUACAAUACUUCUACAUUGGACUAAAUCCUACAAGCAGGGCUAACGUGGACUUCGCAUGCGAUGGUUCCAUCACAAAGAGAACAACGGAUCAACUAGCAGCUUUAGCUAAAAAGGUGGAUCAGAUGAAUGCCAUUCAAAUAGUUAGACAAAAAUGCAAGCACCGUGGAGGAAAUCAUGAAAGUGUUGAUUGCAUCGUGGGUAGUCCUUUUGCUCAAUCACUAGAGGAUGUAAAUUAUGCUCAAAAUUUUCAAAGACAGCAACACAAUCAGAAUCCUAACACCUACUACCCAGACUGGAGAAAUCACUCAAGUUUUCAAUGGAGCAACAAUCAGGGAGCUCAGAUUGCGCCACAGCAGACUGCACCGCCAAGUUUUCAGCAGGCUAAAAAUAAGUUUUCAUUGGAAGAUCUUAUUACUAAAUUGGUUGAGAUCUCUACUCGACACAUGCAAAGAACAAAUAAGACUUUACAAGUUCAGGGAGCUGCUAUUUGGAGUUUAGAAGAUCAUAUGGGACAAAUAGCAAAAACACUCUAA